UCGUUUCGUUUUGUGCUUGUUUGUACUGUUUGUAGAGAUGGUCGAAGUGGAAACAAAAUGAAAGUACUUAUAGAUAGUUUAAUUUCUCAUUUUGUUGUCUAACUAUAUUACUCCAACGACCAUUGUCCUGUUACUACAAAUAUUUAAACUCGUACACUUAUGUUGUUAUAAUAUUCAUCUGACUUAAAAACAGGAGGAUUGCAAUUUCAAUGUGUUUGUUAUUUGUGGAACAUAACCCCUAUUCGUAAUGAAGAUUGCGCCGAAAGAAUAUUUACUAACUAUGAACAGCUAAUACAUUUUCGAGAAACCUUAAGGUUUGGAAGUUUUAUUUGAAGGUUCUGAAUGGCGUAUAAUCAAGAUGCUAUUGUGACAAGCUCACAAGAUGGUGUCAUGGAGUCAUCUCGCAAUGGAAACUUGUCAGAGCCAUCACCAGUGAAGGUGACACACGUCAAGGUGGCCAAGGUAUUUCCAACAGUGCGCAAGGAGGAAGAGAAGCCUGGAGUGGAUGACACAGCCAAGGAGAAGGUUAAGGUGUCUAAGAAGCAGGUGUUCCCAUGGCUCUGCAAGUUCAAUGCCCUGUGUAGGGAGGCAGCCGGUAGUCGCAGCUAUAAAAGACUGGAUGACCUCAUGGAAGUCUAUACAAGACAUGUAGCCCAGGAUGUGAAGAAUUGCUACAAGAAGCCGAACAGAGCUUCAAAGGUAAAGGCAAAAAUGAACGAUUACAUGAAACUCUUUCAUAUGCUGUACCGUGACAUCAGGAGGCCAUUAGAACAUAAUUAUUAUCUGGAUAGGAUGUCUGAUCUGCUGGCAAUGUAUCUUGACAUGGAAAUCAAGGCAUCACGUCGAGGCAAGGAAAAUCCCAGAAUCAUAUCUGACAGAUUGAUGUCUGCUAUGUUCAUCCUUUUAGAAAACUCGAUGGGCCACAUUCUCAAUGCCAUCUUGAAAGCCAAAUUCUUUGUCAAGAGGUUCAAUGAAAUCUGCAUUCCUAUUAUUAUGAGAGUUCUAAGAGAUAUUCCAUGUGAGCUAAAUGAAGUCUCAUAUAUUCAGUACGUCCUGGUUUUCAAGAAGUGGAAGGUAUUGGUGGGCAGAAAGGAAGAGCGCCAAGAGAUCAACCGAUUAGCAGCUGCCAGAUUGACACCACCACCAGGAUUUGCGGAUGUCUACCACGAUUCAGACAAGUACAAUGGGUUGCUACCAAUGGUGGCCAAGGGCAAGCCAGACAAGUUCACUCUCUUGCUCAUGCAGGCUCCAGGACUCAACGUUAAGGAUAAUGCAGAGGGUUACCUGAGUACUUUAGAUGCAGGAGAUAACACAAUUAAAAGUUUAGAUGACACAGAAUUAAAUAAACCCCUGUUCGGUGAAGAAUUCAAUGACAUAUAUAAUGAGGAGGAUCAUAAGAGUGAAAAACGGUGCUCAUUGUGUUGCAAACAAAUUUGGAAGGAACUUGAAGAUAUAGUACAGGGCACUACUGGUGAUGUCCUGUAUGAUUCUCUGUUCGAAGAAGAAUUCAUGGCGAGAGUUAAGAGACGACAAAUGGCGGAAGAGAGGCAGAGGCUAGCUCAGUUGGCUGCCAAGAAAGCCUCCAAAGUUAAAAAAGUCAAAGUCGUUGAAAAGAAAGUUACUAAUUCAAGUAUGGCUUGUGUCCAUAGCUCUAAAGCGUCAUCAGGAUACAAUAGUUUCAGUUAUCCUGAUACAACGUCCAGUACAUCAAGCUUGAAGUCAGACACCAUUUCUAAUGAGAGAUUAUUUGUAAAGGAGGUUCCCAAGAUGGAAGCUGAUAGUCAGAGUCAAGAUGAGAUCAUCGUUAUAUCAGAAGAUGAAGAGGAGUUCAAUCAGCCAAUAAAGGUGGAGUUGGAUGAAAUGAAAUUCAUUGGAGAUAAACCUGAAUUGAGUAAACUGGAGGAACAAGAGACAAACAGGUGGGAUCUACAGACGCCAGUACUGAGAGCAGUAGUCAGGCCAGAGAACAUUGAACAGCUAUCGAUCAAUGAAAAUCUGAAGGAAGAGUGCAUUCAGAAUGUACAAGGAACGAAAAGUGAGAGCUUAUUAGCAGAAUGUGAGGAAACCCAGGAAGUUGAAUCGAUGCUGACAAAGGAAGGGAAUCAAGUGAAUUCAAGAGUUGAAGGAGGAGGUGAAGUGGUCGUGGACUUGGCUCAGGAAGUAGUGGCUGUUGAGCCAGUUGCUACUCCCUCUACCAAGGGCGACCAUUCAUCUCCUCUUUAUGAUGCAAAAACUAAUGGUGAUUUACUAUUAGAAGAAAUCACAAAGGUGUCUGAUGUGCCUGAAGGAAUUCCUCCCAUAUGGCCGGACAUUGAUGGUCAGAAUUUUCAAAAUCAACCGUUUGGUGAUAUUUUUGACCCUAACGACCCCAGCAUGUUCAUGUAUUAUCCAGAAGGUACUGGGGAAAACCAGAACUGGCCAUUUUCUCAUGAUCUCAUCUUAACACAGUACGAUGAUGAAUUAUUUGCUCAGUAUGAGUGCGGUAACACGAAUGCAUUUCCAGAUUUUUACAACGAACAGCCGGACAUGCUCUUUACGGGAAUGGACAUGUCGUCUCCACCGCUAAUGGAGAUGAUGCGGGAUGAGCCAGUGGAGUAUCAGCUGAGCACCACCCACUGGGAGGACCUCAGUAUGAUGGUCAGUGAAAGUACAUGCAAUGAGAAAACUGAUACUACAAAUCCAGAUUCAGCCCCUGCAGCCCCUGAUGAGGAAGAGGCUGGACCAACUGUCGUCUUUAUUGAGAGGCGGAAAGGCCGUAGGGCCAAACCUAAGAGUAAGACUAAGGAGACAAACUCAACAAAAAAAGAAACGGAACAGAUUAAUGAGAAAAAAACCAAAGCAAAAGAAGAUGGGGGUAGAAAGACAAAGCAAGCAACUCAGAGACGGAAGAGGGUGAGAUUUGUGUCCGAAGACGAAGAUGAGGACGAAAUUGAAGAUGAACCAGAACCAGAGCCUGAGCCUAAGAAAAAGAAAGGAAGACAGAAAAAAGCUCCACCGCCUGCACCUGUUGCACCCCCCAAGUCUCCACCCCAGACGAAUGGAAGAAAACCUCGAGGAGGAUCACAACCUUCAUCGUCUGUGUCCAAAAAGAAGGCUCAGACAAGAAGAAGAUAAUAAGAUCCAGAAACUGAAGACUGCCAUGAAAGAAUUUAGUGUACAUAGUUAUUUAUAUAGAAUUUAUUUUAUACUGCCCCUAUCCUGUGUUAUUUGAAGUCUUUCGUAUGAUGAUCAUGGUAACUGUACAGUGUGUAUAUUGUAAAUAGAUUUUAUUCAAAGUGGUUUUUGAGUUGAGAUAGAGAGACAUAUGGAAUAUAUUCAUAUCUGGUUAAAACAGUUAUCAUUGCAGAUUUUUGAAUCUUUAUUUAAUAAUUAAUUAAUUAUCUUUUUAAAAUAACACAUUAGAAUAUUGUUUUAUUUAUUAGAUUUUAAAAAGAUUAUACAUUUUAUACCGUAUGCUGGGCAUUGAAUAAAAAAUUAUACAUUUUAUACAUUACGCUGGACAGUGAUUUAAAAUAUUUUAAAAUUGUAAUGAAUGGGAACCGUUAGUUCAAUUUCGAAAAAAAUUGUACGAGUCCUUUUCUCUGACAACAUGUAAACAAUCAAGUGUUACAUAAUGAUUUAUAUUUAUUUCUUCAUCUACUUCUGUCAUUUUGUUGAAGUUUUAUUCUUGUUUUAUAUUUGAUUUUUAUGAAUGUACAGUAUGCAACCUAUUUAUACGAUCAGAUCCAUGAUUUUGAACAUACUUAUUUUAUUGAUACAUUUUUUAUUAAUUGUAUGUUUCACCAUUUGGUACAAAACAUAAUUUUACACUAAUAAACCCCAGCAAAAGUCUAACUUCUGUUUGGUUUUAAGAUAUAUUAUCUUCAACUCAAUAUUACUUUAUGUAAAUACAAAUGUGAUAUGCUGGAUCUGUGUACAUUCUGAACUGAAAUGACUUUUGUACAUAAGAAUAUUUUAAAAAAAGGUCCGGCCACUUAUGUGUUAGUACAAGAUGCAACCAUGUUCUUUAAACAAAGGAAAUUAACACCAUUAAAGUUGUUGCAUACCAGUCAAUAUGCCUCUGUUGUUUUGCACAUAGAUAAUUUUAUUUACUGAGAGUAAUAUAAACUAAAUACUUAUAGGAAAAAUUGCCUGUAACAUUUUAUACUGAUUGUUAAUGUUAAGAACUUCUUUAAAAAAAAAUUUCUAAGUUUGAGUACAGUUAUGAAAAAAACUAAGAAGGUUUACUGGAGUAUUUAAAAUCACAAUUUGUAGAAUAUUAGUGGAAAUUAAGAAUUAAAGUAAAUUAUACAUUUAAUUGAGCAUAAUGUGUAAUGCUAUUUAUUUUUUAGUAAACUAAAGCAUAUUUAAGUUGUGUGAAAUUGAUUUGUUAGUGAAGUAUAUUAAAUUGUCACAAGAUUCUAGGUGAA